AUGUGGCCAGCAGCGGCGGCCAUGUUCUCGCUCGCUAUGGCCGGGCAGCUGAGCGCUGUAGCCGGCGUCUGGCUGCUGCUGGAUGUCAUCUUCUUGCUGGCCCUGUUCCUGCAUCUGCUGGGCGGCCGCUCUAGCUUGUGCUGCCGCGUCUUCCAGGAUCUCAUUCGCUAUGGGAAGACGAAGCUGGGCGGGCGCCCUGGCUGGCUGCGCCACUGUGACCUGCCGAAGAGGUGGUUCUCUCAUUUCUAUUAUGUGUCUGUCUUCUGGAACGGAGCGCUGCUGGGAUUGCUUGUUUGGUCGUUACUGUUAGGCGGCCACAUGCCAGCGUGGAUUCAGUCCUUAAUUAAUUUCUUCAACAAGGACCCACAACACAAAGUACCAGGUGAAGAAUUUUCCACUCUUGUGGCUCUCUUCUUGCUAUGGUUACACAGCCUCAGAAGGUUGGUCGAGUGUCUCUUUGUGAGUGUCUACUCCAAUGGGGUCAUUCACAUUUGCCAGUAUUGUCUUGGCAUUGGCUACUACUUUCUCAUGGGGAUAACCUUACUAGAUCAUGCCCAGAUGGAAAACAAAGUCACUGCCACAGAACUUGUGCUGCAAGUGCGCUGGUACCAUCUCCUCGGGGUGCUCCUGUAUGCCUGGGCAUCGCUGCAUCAGCACAGGUGUAGCGUUAUUCUUGCCAAUCUUAGGAAAAGUAAAUCUGGUAAAGUUAGAACAAUGAACCAUUCUGUGCCGACUGGAGACUGGUUUGAGAGCGUAUCCUGUCCACACUAUUUUGCGGAGCUGCUGAUUUAUAUAUCUAUAGCGAUCCUCUUUGGAUUAGCACAUAUUACCUUGUGGCUUGUGGUUUUGUUUGUUUUAUUUAACCAAUCAUUGGCUGCUAUACUGUGUCAUGAAUUCUAUCAUGAGAAGUUUGACUCUUACCCUGCUCACAGGAAAGCAUUCAUACCAUAUGUGUUUUAAAGGGACACUAAACAAAGCAUCUCGUUCCAUUCCUAAAAGUAUAUGUUACCAUACCACAAACUGAGUUAUGCCACGGAUACUGUAUUUGCCGUCUAAGGCUCGGAAAGGGAAUCGGCACUCCCAUUAUGUGAGUGUUAGGUACUCAAUAGCCUGUGUGCAUGGCUGUGUGUAUAUUUUGCAUAUUGUUCAUACCACAGUAUUUGUUUGCUAGCAGGAUGGAGAACCAAACUUCCGUUUUUGUUAUUUAUAGAGCUUGUGCACAAGUGAAACUCUGCGCUGCCUGAGAAAAAGUUUUUCAUGCUUUUUAACAAAAUGAACCCCGAAAAAAAAUACAAAUAAAAUAAAAUAGUCUUCACACAACGGCUUCCCUCUGUGUGCACAAACUCUACAUUAAAGGGAGCCAGAUGUCAAAUACUGCAUACAAACAAAUCAGGGGAACAUAAUAAUGCUUUUAGUGUUUUCCUCUGGUUCCCUCAAUGGUACCUAGAUAGAAGUACGCCUAAAGAAAAGACAUAUUGCUUGUGUACCCAUACUCUACUUUGUGGGUCCACCUCCUGGUUGCAGAGCCAUUCCUCUAAGUGCCUUUUCCAGAGAGUGGGUUCUACCUUCGGCUGGUUGGUAAAACCUGAACUUUCUUUAUUUACAAACUGUUUGCACUAGAUGUAUGAACCAUUUUUAGAACUUGUAUGUGUAAUGAACGGUCUGUUUUUUUGUAUUAAAAAGCUUUUAAUUAAAAAAAUAAAUAAAAUACAACAUACACAAA